GGACGCGGAAGUGACGUUCGUCAGCACGGCGAGGCUGCGACCCCCGGGCAGGGCUGCUGUGUAGACGCCGGACCGUGGCGUGUCGGGAUCGGCUCCGCACGAAGCUCAGCUGUCUGCUUGGGAAGAAUGGAAGCGGACACUUCUGUGGACAUGUUUUCCAAAGUCCUGGAGAACCAGUUGCUUCAGAGUACCAAACUGGUAGAAGAACAUCUGGAUGCCGAGAUUCAGAAGCUGGAUCAGAUGGACGAGGAUGAACUGGAGCGGCUCAAGGAGAAGAGACUCGAGGCGCUGAGGAAAGCUCAGCAGCAGAAACAAGAAUGGCUUUCUAAAGGACACGGGGAAUACAGAGAAAUUCCUAGUGAGAGAGAUUUUUUUCAAGAAGUCAAGGAGAGUAAAAAUGUGGUUUGCCAUUUCUACAGAGAUUCUACAUUCAGGUGUAAAAUACUCGACAGACAUCUGGUGAUACUGUCCAAGAAACAUCUUGAGACAAAGUUUCUGAAGCUGAAUGUGGAGAAAGCACCUUUCCUUUGUGAGAGACUGCGCAUCAAAGUCAUUCCCACACUGGCACUGGUGAAGGACGGGAAGACGAAAGAUUAUGUUGUCGGAUUUACGGACCUAGGGAAUUCAGAUGACUUCACCACAGAGACUUUGGAGUGGAGGCUCGGAUGCGCCGAUAUUAUUAACUACAGUGGAAACUUAAUGGAGCCACCGUUUCAGAACCAAAAGAAAUUCGGAACAAACUUCACAAAGGUGGAAAAGAAAACUAUCCGAGGUGGAAAGAAAUACGAUUCGGACUCUGAGGAUGACUAGGGCUCAGUAGUCUUUGUAAAUUGUUGCUUUGUUUCUACAUACUUUUUAAAUGUGUUUUUAAACUUCUGUUGCUUUUGACCCGUUGAUCACAGUUCUCACAUUCUGGGGUUCUGUCUACUCCACCCCGUACCAGGGCGCCUGCACCAUAUUCUUGGCCUGCAUUUUCAGCUGAGGGAAACAGCUGAGUACUUAAAUUAACCAGGAAGGAUCUGAAUCCUCUAUUUUUGAGACAGAUUUUGUCACGUUUCUUGCAUCUUUAUACCAUUCAUAAUUGUGUUUCUGAUCUACUGAGACCUAGAAAACUUGGUGAACUAUUUCAGGACUGAUUCUUACCACUAUUUUCUUUAUACAACAGGCCAUGUAACAUUUACUGGUGUGUAACACUGCACUUGUAAAUGAGCUAGGACACUCUUCACUUCUGGAAUAUAUUUAAGUAGCAUUUAAAGAACUGCUUAUUUAUUCUAAAUGCUGCAGGUUGAUGCUGAAUCAACUGAUAGCAGCAGAAAACUAUUUCAGGUUGUGAACAUACUGCCUUAUUUAAAGGGUCCCGAUUGCCUGUAUUACAAGACGUGCCCUAAAGUAAGCAGGGAGCACUUGAAUGGCAUCUGAGGUAACCCCCCUGGCUCUCCUCAAUAAAACCACCACAGCU